CAAUCACAGAGCAUGUCGUUUUGUUUAUUGUUGAUUUCAUGUGUCAUUGAUACCGCAUUGUGAAAGCAUUCUUUUUAUCAAUAAGUUCAAGAUUUACUGUAGCAAUCGUUCAAAAUGUUUGAUGGUGAUUCGGAUUAUAUUGUUGAACAGUAUAUUAAGCCAAGUAGAGUUGCAAAGCCAUUGAUAAAUGACGAACGAGCCGAUAUACUUGGAAACUUCGAUGAUGAUGAUGAUAAACAUGUCAAGAAGAAGGGUAAAAAGGCGAAAAAAUCCAAAGAAAUAGUUAGUGUGUCCGAGGAAAAUCCAUUUGCCGAUGAGGAUGACGAUAAUGAGGGAGAUUUAGAGGAGGAGAAGGAAGUGAAUGAACAGGAUGAGGCCAGUGAUAUUGAAGAGCAAAAUGGAAAUGAAAGCGAUGUAGAUGCCGAAAAUGAUGAAGAAGCAGAAAGUGAUGCAAAGGUUGACAAUGUCUUGGAAGGAGAAUGUGACGCCGAUGACGACGAAAAUAUGGAUGUGGCUGCCGAUGGAAAUGAGAGUGCCGAAAAUGAUCCAAAUGAACCAGAAACUGAGGUGCCAGUGAACAAAGAGCCAAAAGCCAAGCAGAAUAAAAAGGUGAAACCCGAGAAAAAGACAGAACCAACUGCCGCAAAGAAAACAGACCUGAAUGACGAUCAAAUAAAGGCAUUGAUUCGUGGAGCCAGCAAACAAGAUCGAUUUGUAUUGUAUGUCACAAAUUUAAACUAUUCAACGAAACGGGAGACGUUGCAAGAGUUUUUCGAAGUGGCGGGUGCUGUGAAGUCGGUGCGAAUACCAAAAGUGCGAAAAAGUGCAUUCGCUUUCGUAGAAAUGGCUGAUUUGAAUGCGUUUAAGAACGCGUUGGCGCUACACAAUCGAACGUUGGACAAUUACACGAUCAAAGUGCAGAUAUCUGAGGGUGGUAAGAAGAAAUCGGCAAAUAAGAAGAAUAUUCUGAAGCAGAAAAAUCGUAAGCUAGCCGAAAUGCGGAACGAAGGAAAGCAAUUCCAGCGUAGUGGUAAAGGCUAUGACAAAACCAUUAAAAAGGAGAUUCAUCAACAGAAAAUGCAACAGAAUCGACGGCUGGCCAAGAAACAAGCGAAAAAACAGGCGAAAAAAUAGCACUAAAUUUCUGUAAAAUUAAAUCUCUGACCGAACGAAAAAAAAUAAUAAAUAAACUAUACUGACUGUGUGUAUGGAACAAAA